UUUGAGCUUAAUGAAAUGCACAAGACUGGCGAUGUAGUUUUUGGUGGGCUGUUUGAGGUCCACUACACGUCUGUCUUUCCUGUGCAGACAUUUACCACAGAGCCACAACAGGCCAGCUGCAAAGGCUUUGAUACUCUAGGGUUCAGGCAAGCCAUGAGCAUGGCCUUUGCUAUUAAUGAGAUCAACAACAAGUCCGAUCUGCUACCUAAUGUGACUCUGGGAUACAGUCUAUAUGACAAUUGUGGUGCACUUGUUGUUGGAUUCAGUGGUGCAUUAUCACUGGCAAGUGGCCAAGAGGAGCAGUUUCUGCUUCAGCAGGACUGUUUAGGAACCCCUCCAGUCAUGGGCAUUGUUGGUGAUUCAUUCUCAACAUCAUCUAUUGCCAUCUCCAGUGUGCUAGGUUUAUACAAAAUGCCCAUUGUGAGUUAUUUUUCCACAUGUUCCUGCCUGAGUGAUCGAAAACGGUUUCCAUCCUUCUUUAGAACAAUCCCAAGUGAUGCUUUCCAGGUGCGUGCUAUGAUUCAGAUUCUGAAACAUUUUGGCUGGACUUGGGUCGGCUUGCUUGUCAGUGAUGAUGACUAUGGAUUCUAUGUUGCCCAGUCCUUCAUAUCCGACCUGGCAGACUCUGGCGAAGGUUGUCUGGCUUACUUAGAGGUUUUGCCCAGGGACAAUGAACCAGUUAAACUAAGGAGAAUUGUGGAAAUAAUGAAGAAAUCCACAGCUCGUGUUGUCAUGGUCUUCGCACAUGAGGCUCACUCACUUAACCUCAUGGAAGAGGUGGUGAGGCAGAAUGUGACAGGGCAGCAGUGGAUAGCAAGUGACUCUUGGACAGCAACUACUCUGCUACAGAAACCCCGUUUUAUGCCAUUUCUCAGUGGCACACUGAGCAUGGCUGUCCGCCGAGGUGAAAUACCAGGGUUCAGGGAAUUCCUCCUACAAAUACGUCCUGACCAAAAUCAAAGUGGCAGCUAUGGAAAUAGCAUGGUGAGACAUUUUUGGGAAUACAUGUUCCAAUGUAAAUUUGAUCUAUCUAGCCAGGUGGAAGCUGGGGGUGCUCUCUGCACUGGACAGGAAGAUAUUGAAAGUGUGGAGUCCGAGUUUUUGGAUGUUUCUAACCUCAGGCCUGAGUAUAAUAUUUAUAAGGCUGUAUAUGCUCUGGCACAUGCACUCGAUAACAUACUGCAGUGUAAGCCAGGGAGAGGGCAUUUCAGUGGACACAGCUGUUCAACUGUGCAAACACUGGAGCCAUGGCAGCUUGUAAAUUAUUUGCAACAGGUGAACUUAACCACACCAUUUGGUGAUGAAGUCUCAUUUGAUGAGAAUGGUGAUGCCUUACCAAUCUGCGAUAUUGUCAACUGGCUGUGGCUCCCUGAUGGAAGAACCAAAGUUCAGAAUGUGGGUGAGGUCAAGAGGUCCGACCACAAAGGUGAAGAACUCACAAUUGAUGACGAUAAAAUCUUCUGGAACAUUAAAUUAAAAAAGCCACCCCGCUCAGUGUGCAGUGAGAGCUGUCCUCCAGGUACCCGCAUGGCCAGAAAAAAGGGGGAACCUGUGUGCUGUUUUGACUGCAUCCCUUGUUCUGAGGGAAAGAUCAGCAAUAAGACUGACUCAAUGGAGUGCACCAGCUGUCCUGAGGACUUCUGGUCCAGCCCCCAGCGUGACCACUGUGUGCCUAAGAAGACAGAAUUUCUCUCCUACCAUGAGCCUCUGGGUAUCUGCUUGACAGCUGCAUCAUUGUUGGGCACAUUUUUCUGUGUUAUUACCUUGGGCAUCUUUACUUAUCACCGACAAACACCUAUGGUGAGUUAUUUUUCCACAUGUUCCUGCCUGAGUGAUCGAAAACGGUUUCCAUCCUUCUUUAGAACAAUCCCAAGUGAUGCUUUCCAGGUGGUGAGGCAGAAUGUGACAGGGCAGCAGUGGAUAGCAAGUGAAGCUUGGACAGCAGCUACUCUGCUACAGACACCCCAUCUUAUGCCAUACCUCAGUGGCACACUGAGCAUCGCUGUCCGCCGAGGUGAAAUACCAGGGUUCAGGGAAUUCCUCCUACAAAUACGUCCUGACCAAAAUCAAAGUGGCAGCUAUGGAAAUAGCAUGGUGAGACAUUUUUGGGAAUACAUGUUCCAAUGUAAAUUUGAUCUAUCUAGCCAGGUGGAAGCUGGGGGUGCUCUCUGCACUGGACAGGAAGAUAUUGAAAGUGUGGAGUCCGAGUUUUUGGAUGUUUCUAACCUCAGGCCUGAGUAUAAUAUUUAUAAGGCUGUAUAUGCUCUGGCACAUGCACUCGAUAACAUACUGCAGUGUAAGCCAGGGAGAGGGCAUUUCAGUGGACAUAGCUGUUCAACUGUGCAAACACUGGAGCCAUGGCAGCUUGUAAACUAUUUGCAACAGGUGAACUUCACCACACCAUUUGGUGAUGAAGUCUCAUUUGAUGAGAAUGGAGAUGCCUUACCGAUCUAUGAUGUCAUGAACUGGCUGUGGCUCCCUGAUGGAAGAACUGAAGUUCAGAAUGUGGGUGAGGUCAAGAGGUCUGCCUUCAAAGGUGAAGAACUCACAAUUGAUGAAGACAAAAUUUUCUGGAACUUUGAGUCAAACAAGCCGCCCAGGUCAGUGUGCAGUGAGAGCUGUCCUCCAGGUACCCGCAUUGCCAGGAAAAAGGGGGAACCUGUGUGCUGUUUUGACUGCAUCCCUUGUUCUGAGGGAAAGAUCAGCAAUACGACUGACUCCAUGGAGUGCACCAGUUGUCCUGAGGACUUCUGGUCUGGCCCCCAACAUGACCAGUGCAUUUCUAAGGAAACAGAGUUUCUCUCCUACCAUGAGCCUCUGGGUAUCUGUUUGACAACCACCUCACUGUUUGGCACAUGUGUCUGUGCUGUUGUCCUUGGCAUCUUCACUUAUCAUCUUCAUACACCCAUUGUACGUGCCAACAAUUCAGAACUGAGUUUCCUACUCCUGGUGUCACUUAAGCUAUGCUUUCUCUGUUCACUGCUGUUUAUCGGCCGUCCCAGGCUGUGGACAUGCCAGCUGAGACAUGCAGCAUUUGGGAUCAGCUUUGUGCUUUCUGUCUCAUGUAUUUUGGUAAAAACCAUGGUGGUUCUGGCUGUGUUCAAGGCCUCCAAGCCAGGAGGUGGAGACAGUCUGAAGUGGUUUGGUGCAAUGCAGCAGAGAGGGACAGUUAUGGUUCUUACUUCUAUCCAGGCAGCUAUUUGCACUGCUUGGCUUGUCUCUGCCUCACCAACUCCUCAUAAAAACACUCAGUACCACAAUGACAAGAUAGUUUAUGAGUGUGUUGUUGGGUCCACAGUUGGUUUUGCAGUGUUGUUAGGCUACAUUGGUUUAUUAGCUAUCCUUAGCUUCCUGUUGGCAUUUCUGGCAAGGAAUCUCCCAGACAACUUUAAUGAGGCCAAACUCAUCACUUUCAGCAUGCUGAUCUUCUGUGCUGUGUGGGUGGCCUUUGUCCCUGCUUAUGUCAACUCACCAGGCAAAUAUGCAGAUGCAGUGGAGGUAUUUGCCAUCCUGGCCUCCAGUUUUGGUCUCUUGGGGGCACUGUUUGGACCAAAAUGUUUCAUUAUCCUAUUUCGACCAGAGAUGAACACAAAGAAAGCAAUCAUGGGUCGUGGUGCGACAAAUUCCUAG